AUGCAUUAUGAGCAUGUCUACUGUAUAUGUUUCUUCCUCGCUUUCAAGUCUGAGGUUGCCAAGAUCAAAAUCGGGUCACCCAGUGACUUUAUGGGACCACGUGAUGAAGCCAAGGAUGCGGGAGGGGAGGUUCUUAUCGGAGGCACGGGUGAUGACUCCAAGGGCUACUUCAUACAGCCCACCAUCAUUCUAACCAAAGAUCUUGAAUCAAUCACGAUGAAAGAAGAAAUCUUUGGUCCUGUCAUCACUGUAAUGGUUUUUCUUUAUGUACUCUGGAACUCAUCUGACAUCGACAACACCUCGCCUUAUGCCCUGACUCUGGCUCUAUGUAACUUUGUCGCAAAGCACAAGGCCCUCCUGACUGCCACAAACAAGCUGCGCAACGCUGUCGGCAACGUCUAUUACAACGAGAAAUGCACUGGCAUGGUUGUGGGUCAGCAACCCUUUGGAGGAGGACGAGCGAGUGGGACCAAUGACAAAGCUGGGAGUAUUAGCAUCUUUUACCGGUUCGUUUCGGCGAGAAGCAUAAAGGAGAAUCUCGUGGGCCUGGAGGACUUCCAAUACCCGUCCAACUUGAUUUAA